AUGGGCAGUCCAGAGCCGUCGAUCGCCUGGCUUAAGAACGGUCAACCUUUCGUGCCCGAUUCAAGGCAUGUCUUCUUGAAUGGUGGUCGUCAGUUACAAAUCGGCAAUACCACUAUAAGCGAUGAUGCGCGAUACACCUGCAUCGCAACAAAUGAUAUUGGUCUGGCGGAUUUGGAAACCUACUUACAAGUAAUCGGUAUGUUAGUUUGUAUGGAUGCCUUUCGGCUUGAUCGAUGA